ACAUUGUUGUUGUUUUCCUUUAUUAGUGUAUUGUGUGUGAAAGAAGAAAAAUACGUAAAUUUUGUUGAUAUCUAUUAUUUGAAAUUUUAUUAGAAGUUUAAAAAAUUGAAAACAUUCAACUAAUUAUGUUAUGGCUUCAAGUAGUAGUGACGAAAGUUCAAAAGCCCCAGAAAAUUUUCAAGUUUCUAGCACCUCGAACGAUGAAGAUGAUGACGAUGUUGUAGAAUUGAAAGGCAAACCCACAAAUAGAUUGAAGAGAAAACUAAAAUCUGGUGUUGGAGCUGUGGACAGUGCUACGGCACCAUCCUUAAAAUGUUUAAUAUGUUUCUCACAACAACAUAGAUUUCACUGCCGUGAUUGUGUUAAAUCCGGAUAUAUAACACGCAAGGGACAUCCCCACGGUGAAUGUUUAUCCGAAAAACAACAAAAAUAUUUAAAUAUACAAGCAGGCCUGAAAGUCUUCAGCCAACGCUAUGAACGUUUGAUAAAAGAAAAGCGAUCGAGUGAGAAUCUUAUGUUCGAAAUCAAACGUCAUCGUGAGCAGGUGGAUUUAUUGCAUCAGUUAAUUGCGGAGAAGAAAACUAAUCUGCAAACCCUCUCCGAACAGCGCAACGAAUUGUAUAAAGCCAAUUCGGAUAAACGUAAAACGUUGCCAAAGUAUCCCAUUAAAGUUAAGGAACUGGAAGAUUACGUCUUGGAUCGUAUAGAAAAAAUAGGAAAACUACGCGAACGUCAUUAUGCCCUCUUAGACAAACUUAAGGAUGUUACCCGUCGUGGUAUCAGACAAUUGGUGGAAUAUAUAUUUCCAAUUUCGGAAAUUGUGCUCAAGGAUGAACGUCCUCCCAAUAAACCAAAAUCACCCACAUCCCAUACUGAAGACUCGGAAACUAUAGCGGCCUUGGCCGAUGCUAAAAAUACAUCGUACAUACGAGGUAAAUGGAUUUUUCAUGGCAGCGGCAUUAGUGAAAUGCAAUAUCGUAUUGUUGCACCAUCUCUGCCAGCAAAUGGUGAUUAUUCAGCGUACCUGGAUUGGUUGAAAGACAACAAAGACGAUGUACCCAAGACAACAGCUAACGAGAUAGUACCGAGUCGCGUUAACGGCUUCCGUAUUGUGGGUGCGUUGACAUAUACAACACAAUUAUUACAAUUGAUUUGUUACUAUUUAAAUGUGAGAUUACCUUAUAAAGUAGUUUACGGAGAUUUUUGUAAAAAAUUAAACGAGGAACAAUUUUUACGCAAAGUAUCAAGGCUUAAUUCAAAUAUCAUGUAUUUGGCCUAUACACAACAGGUUAAAUUGCGAUCUCUCAAUGAGAAUCAUACAUUGGAAAACAUGCUUAUAAUAUUGGAUCCAGAAAAGAGUGACUUGGGACGCCAUGGUUUUCAAGAGGUGGCAAAUGCACCAUUAAUGAAAUCCGUUGAUUCAUUACUAAUAGGCAUUGAAACGGCCACAGAAUCGGAAUCAGAAGACGAAAAUUCAUUACGUUUAGAUUGGGAAUCUGUGUCAAGCUUACCAACACAACAUGAACUUAUCAAUACAAAUCUAAUGCCCACAGCUACUGGGCCACAACAACAAUCUACCAUUGCCGAGGGACUAAUGACAUCGGCUGCCAAUCGUCUAACAUCUAUAUUUCGUUGGAUCAAGUAAAAUCAAUUCAAUUAUUAAACGUUUUUCUUUUAGUCGCUUUUUUCUUCUUCAUUUUUGUUCGUUCGUUCACUCACUCACAACAGAAAAUGAAAGGAUUCUUACUUGACUGUGAUGUUUUUAUUAAUUUAAAUCGAAGACAAAAACUGGUACCGAAACACAAUCAUUCAAAACUAUUUACAUUUGUAUAUUUAUAUAUAUAGUUUUUUGUUCAAUUCACUUGGAUUAUUUCCAAUUUAUUAUUUUUUUAAGAAGUUUUUAUACAUUAGUUUUUGUUUAAAGAAUUUAUUAUAUUUGAAAUUUUGCGCUUUAAAAAAUUAAUAUUUUUUUGAUAAUUAAACAAACUCCAUCUCUGAUGACAUGACCAGAUGAAAAAGUAAUAAAAAUUAUUCAUUAUUGUCAUGUCUGCAAAAUACAAGAUGGAAUAAUUAAGAAAUAGAUGUAUGUACGUUUUAAAUGAUUUUAUUAUAAUAAAUAUUUUUAUAAAAUCUAUUGUAUAACAAAUAAUUGCAACUUACUUUUCCGUAAGUCUGGCUCUAUGUGUAUAUAUAUACUACAUACAUUAAUUUAAAUAAACUUGUAUCUUAUUACCUAAAAGUAAAAGAAAUAUAUUUAAUAUGCAAAUAUACAUAAAUAUGUAUGUAUGUUUAAUUUAAUAGUAAUUUUUAACAAUAAUGGUUUGCAACAUUUUCUAUGCACUUUCACUGAUUUACAAAAUUUUAUUGAAUUAUGAAUGUGCUUUAAUUCGAUGAUAUUAGACAAAAGAAAUAAUAAAUCAAUUUAAUGGUAAAUGUAGACUAUCCAAAAUAAAAUACACUUAUAAAAUAAAUAAAUAAAAAAAAAACAAAUUAACAU